ACACAGAUGCUUAGAGACGCUUCUGGGGAGAGAGAAGUAAGCAGCCUGGAGUUACUGUGUCCGAGCGCGGGCAGCGGAGCCUGGCCGGGAACAACCUCCCAGGCCGGGGCUGGGCGGGACUGUCACUUCUCGAGAAUCUGCUCUGAAUUCGAGAGGCCCUUUCACUUCGACAGGCGGAUUGCUCCACUGCCAUGCCGGGGCUCUGGGUCCUCCUGUCUCUGAUAUUCACCUUGAUUGCUGGAAGUGAUAAUGCCCAAGUGAAUGCUGUCAACCAUAAGGGGUUGGAAUUGACGAAGAAUAUUACUAAAAAGGAUGCUGGAUGCAGGAAAGGCCUGUAUCUUGCAUCCCCAAAUCAUGAGCAGCACCUAUGCUGUCAGCCAUGUCCUGCUGGCACACGGAAAACUGCUGACUGCAGCGUCAAUGAAGGAAACCCAAAUUGUACACACUGCAAAGAAGGGCAAGAGUACACAGAAAUGGAAAAUUAUUUAGAUUACUGCCGCAGAUGUAGAUUUUGUGAUGAAGGACAUGGCUUAGAAGUGGAAAAACACUGUACCCGAACCCAGAAUACCAAGUGCAGAUGUAAAGAAGACUUUUUUUGUAGCAGUUCUUCAUGUGACCACUGUGCACCUUGCAUCACGUGUGAACAUGGAAUCAUUGAGAAAUGCACACAAACCAGUAACACUAAAUGCAAAGAAAAAGACUCUAAAUCUAACUUACUGUGGUUACUAUGUCUCCUGCUGCUCCCAGUAGCUGCAAUAAUUUGUGGGUUGUGGAUAUAUAGAAAGCACAACAGAGAAACCACUGGGUAUUUUAAACCUACAGAAAUGAAGCCAAUGAUUUGCAGAGAUGUUGACUUGAGUAAAUAUAUCACUUAUAUUGCUGAACAAAUGACGAUAAACCAAGUUAAAGAAUUUGUUCGAAGGAAUGGUAUCAAUGAAGCAAAAGUAGAUGAAAUUAAAAACAACCAUCCCCAAGAUACAGCUGAACAAAAAGUCCAACUACUCCGUAACUGGUAUCAAUUUCAUGGGAAGAAAGGUGCAUAUGACACUUUGAUUAAAAGCGUACAAAAACGUAUUGCAGAAAACAUUCAGGACAUGAUUCAGAAGGACAUUACUAGUGAUGAUGAAAAUACAAACUUCAGAAAUGAAAAUGAAAGACAAAGCUUCGCCUAGCGUGAAAAAUAACUCAGUUCUGAGUAUGUGCAAUCAAUAGAAAAAUUAGUUUUUGGAUAAGCUCGUAAUAGCUUGAGGGCUGUAAAUAUUGCAUGGCUUUUUACUGGGUGUAUUUUAUUUUUUCAUUUAUUAGAUUUGUAAGGCUAAUAUGUUUACAGGUUUUGAGAAUCUGAUGAUUCUGCCUUCAGGGAUGUUUAAAAUCUAGUUGGGUAGACAGACAUCAUCAAGAGAAAACACAAUGGCAUGUUAAAUAUUCAAAUAGGAGUGUGUGCAAAGGACAAUUAUUGGGAUUAUGCUCUACUAUCUAAAGUAUCUAAAGUAUGGAGCCCUGGUGGUGCAGUGGUUAACAGUUUGAUUGCUCACCAAAAGGUUGGCAAUUCAAACCCACCAGUCCCUCCUUGGAAACCCUAUACGGCAGUUCUACUCUG